AUGUGGGUCGCUGGCCAAGAGCGACCCGGGAAAGCGGAGCUGGUACCCGUUGAGAAUCCGGCGACAGGCGAGAUAUUUGCCACCUGCCAUGCUGCGAGCGUAGAAGACGUCGAUGAAACUGUUCAGCUUGCACAUAAAGCUUACAAGUCCGGGGUCUGGGCGAAGGCCACGAGGUCAUUUCGAGCAGAUGUCUUGGACCGUGCUGCUGGGUUGCUCACGGCCAACUUCUCCGAGCUCAUCCCGCUCGAGGUACUCCAGACGGGGCGGGCCAUCCGCGAAAUGAACGCCCAGGUCCCGUCGCUUGUGAGAUGGUUCAAAUACUACGCAGCCUUCCUCCGAACCGAGGAGAGAGCGGUUCUGCCUACCAUGGGGAAGCUACACAACUGGGUUGAUCGGGUGCCGCUUGGAGUUGUCGUUCAGAUCACCCCAUUCAACCACCCGCUACUAAUCGCGGUCAAGAAACUUGCCCCGGCCCUGGCAGCUGGAAACAGCGUGAUCGUCAAACCGAGCGAGCUCACCCCCUUGACAACCAUACUGCUUGGGAAGCUUCUGAAGGAGGCAGGCUUGCCAGAUGGCGUGUUCAAUGUACUCCCGGGUUAUGGUGCAACAACGGGCCGUGCGCUUGUGCAACACCCUCUCGUGCGAAAAGUCGAUGUCACAGGAGGUACGGUCGCUGGCCGAGCAAUUGGCUCUAUCGUUGGGGGCAAUCUGGCCAGGUUUACCGCUGAACUGGGCGGCAAGGCGCCCCUUGUCGUUUUCGAGCAAGCCGACCUCGAUGUGGCUGUUAAUGGGAUCGCCUUCGGUUCUUUUGUUGCCAGUGGGCAGACUUGUGUUGCAAGUACACGUAUAAUUGUGGCAAAUCAAGUUCUUCCGGCGUUGCUGGAAAGGCUCAAAAUGAAGGCUGAAUCGAUCACAAGGCGGAUGGGAUCUCCGACCAAUCCAAAGUCCAUGAUGGGCCCUCUGAUAUCUUCAAAGCAGCUGAGAGGAGUUGAAGCUUUGGUUGACGAGGCAAUCACCAGUUGCAAAGCCCAAGCACUAACGGGGGGGAGCAGAAUGGCGGGCCAAAGCCAGUUGGAUGGCACCGACUUCUCCAAGGGAUAUUUCUUCAGUCCGACCGUGCUCGUCUCUACCCAGGGCGACAGCAUCUUGGAGACCAAAAUAUGGCGCGAAGAGGCUUUCGGACCGGUGAUUGUAGUUGUUGGCUUCGACACAGAGGAGCAGGCAAUCUCGUUGGCCAACGACAGCGAGUUCGGACUGGGUGCGGCGGUAUGGACCAAAGACUUGGCACAGGCUUUCCGCGUGACAGAGCAGAUCGAAGCUGGGAUUGUGUGGGUAAAUACACAUCACCGCAAUGACCCUAGUAGUCCUUGGGGCGGGGGUAAAUCAUCAAGCGGUGUUGGGAGCGAGAACGGCGUCGACGCAUUCAACGAGUAUACGACCAUGAAGAGCACCAUCAUCAACUACGCAGCGGCAGAGGAGUCUCUGGCAUCUGAUGACUGGUUCCAGGAAGGGAGCGGUGACGUAAGAUAUGGAUGA